UGGAUUGUUAGCAUGUGCAGUUUGGGUUUGUGUCAAAACAUGUCUAAAACCUCGUGAUUAAUGUCACGUGCGUAAUUCUCUCGCAAAUAUCAGAGUUAUCUCUGCAAAUUGUUCAUCUCUUUAGAUCCCAAUGGGAGUGGUCUGUUUUCGCGCAGUGACAAACCGGGAUCAAGGGAACUGUGAGCGCCUACUGGUACGAAGUUGUAUACAAUUUGUUCGGUCGCGGGUAUCUUGUGGGAUAGAAACUAAAUUAUUAACUGUUUUGUGUGACUAUUUGAUCUUGUAGUUAAAUUAAUUAUAACAAGUGGUUUGUUAAGUGUUAUUGAAGAAACUUUGAUCAAAGUGCCUAUAUAGUGCGUGUAAAUUACUGUCACGGGAAAAAGAAUAGUGUAAACAUUAAAUCGCCCUUAUCGAUUCUUACCUUUCUUCAAUGAAUUUUGCCACUUAUAUGAACUCAAAAUACAUAAUCCAUUAAGCAAGUAUUUUACGAUGUUCCAAGAUCUUACAUAAUAAGCUGCCCGAAAACGGAACUGCAGUUUUAGAGGCCAUCAAGUGUUAUAAUAACAAUGCCUUCGGUGGUAGAAGAACUGGCUGACUGCAGUUCCGGCAGCGUGUUCACUCCGCUCGUAGACUCUAGUGGAAUAACGAUUGUGCCUCCAAGUCCAACCUCAAGACCUCUAAAGGUGAUCAACGACAUAAAGGUUCUCUUACAACAAGGCAAAAAGCAAGAUGUCAAGCACAUUCUGCGAAAUAAUGCCUGGCCCGCUAACCACCCAAUUCGGACAAAUUUAUGGAUUAUGCUAUGCACUCAACACAGCAAAAGCAAAAUGGAAGAGGGAUUUUAUUGGGAGAUGGUAACGCAAGUUUUCGGUAGCAGUGAUCUACCAGAUAAGCCGAUGAGCUUGCCACCCUUCUUGGAGCCUAGUCACUGCCAGUCAUACUAUAUGACUCACAAAGGUAGAAGUGUUACGGACCGAGUGGUUUCUGUAUUAGGAUAUGCAUGUCCCGAUAUAGUCUACAGUCCAACUAUCUACCCAAUAUGUGCCCUACUUCUUCAUUAUAUGUCGGAGGAAGACUGUUACCAUUGUAUGGCUAGUUUAGUGGCGUCGAAAGAAAAAACAUUUAUCACACAAACAAAGCUAUUAAAUGAAGUGACGUGGAAAACAGUAAUGCAAAUUUGUAAGAAGCAUGUGAAAGGACCUGCAGGAUAUAUACAACGACACUGUAACAGUUCGAGAGCUGAAAUCGUUUACAAGGACUGGAUAUGGUGGAUAUUUCAAGGACUACCAUUCCAUCAUCUAAUUAGAUUAUUGGACUGUUUCUUCCAUGAAGGAAUUAAGGUUUUUUACAGAAUGGCAAUGGCGAUAUUAAUUUUAUUCCAAAAAAGUUCGUCCUCAUCGUCGUCGGAAUGGUUGGCUGAAAUUCAAAAAAAUGGUAUUGAUGGAGCACUGAACAAAUUCUGCAAAGAAAUGCCCGUUACUCCACAGAAAGUAUUAAAGGUAGCGUUUGGGAUUAGGGGCCUUAGCUCUUCUUCGAUAUCCCGUAUUUUUAUUAAGACUGAGAUGCUCCUGAAGAGCAAACAUGUGAUACACGGGUCCAAACAAAUUGUCAGGUCUCGAUCAACAGAAAAUCUACCUAACAGCCAAAGCCAAACCAACAUACAAAUGGUAUCGCACACAUUAACUAUUAGAGAGAGAAUGUCAGAAGAGAUGUACAAUGAAAUGCUAUUGACUUUAUGGUCCUGGUUACCCGUGAGAAUUACGAUGUACCAACCAAUUCUGUUGUACACGACGGAGGAACAUGGGUGUUCCUUGACAACGUUCUACGUUCGAGUGGAACAGCACGAACCGACACUAUUGAUGAUUAAGACAUGCAAUAACGAGGUCUUCGGUGCUUACUGUUCUUCCCGAUGGGGGGAGAGAAAUCAAAAAGACGACCGAGGCAAUAGACAGGCAUAUUUUGGAACAGGCGAAACUUUCUUGUUUUCUUUGUACCCUGAAAGGGCAAAAUAUCCAUGGGUUGGCAUGGAAGGUGAUAAAGUUCAGCAUGGUGCGGAAUUAUUUAUGGCUGCUGAUUCAAAAAUGAUUACAAUUGGAGGAGGCGAGGGGCAAGCUAUAUGGAUGGAUGAAAAUAUUAGGUACGGUAAAACCGACCGAUGCCAAACAUUUAAUAAUCCACCGUUGUGUCCCAGCGGAGACUUUGAAAUCCGAGUACUUGAAGUGUAUGGAUUUGCCACCGAUCAACUUAGCUAAACAUCGAAAUUUUAUCGAACAACAUUUAUGCAAUUGCUUGCGUAAAUAAGAAUAAGAAAUACGUGUUAGAAAGUAUAGCAUUACUUUCACGCAAUUCAUUAUAAGACAAAAUAACGUACCUGUUAAAAUUCAUAAGUGCAUUCCACCAGUGCUUGAGUCGAUCAUUGCUUUUUUGAAGAAAGAAUGUGUAUAACAUAAAAUCCCCUGAAUAUGCCUUUGAAAAAUGGGGAUCAAAACUCACUUAGUUUACACACUAGAAGAUUUUUAGGUGUAAAAUGUAAUAAUAUUAUAAAAUUCUUUAUUCAAACAAAGAAUAACAAUGAUCUAAGGAAAAUGAAUGACAAGUACUAGAUCUAGUCGUUAAAUUUAGUGUUAUUUAUAAAUUUUUAUGUACCUUUAGUUUUUGGUGCGAUACAUUUUAUUAAAUUUUUAUUGUAGUUAUGUAUAUAUUGUACAUUAUUUUAAUCUUAAUAUUGUAGUCAUUGUCUGUGUUUUUGUGCAUUAGUUGUGCCAAAUAUUUUAUUUAUAAAAACCAAUUUUAACCAGUAAAACAAAUGAAAAGUUUUAGUAAACAUUAACAAGUGGUAAAGAUGAAAAAAUCAUGGCAUUAAAACAAUUUUAUUUUAAUUUAUGUUUUAUUUCCUGCUAAAAAAUUGAAAUAUUACUCGUAAUGUUUACAUAAACAUGUAAAAUUGUAUCAGUGUAAAUUAAAAAUGAGUAUUUUGAGGCUGUGUAUUGGGGAACUAUUUAGACCAUUUAUAAUUAUAAAUGCCCAUAUUACACAAAUAGUGUUAAACUGAUACAAAUACGAGUAGUUUUUAAAAUAUAAUUUUGGAGUGAAAAUUCAAAAGUGCCAACUACUUAAAAAUCUAUUAUGUACAGUGUACAUUGUACAUUUUAAAUACAUUAUAAUUCUGUCUAAUUAAUUUUUUGUGUUUUCUUUAUAAGAUAUCUUAAAAAGAUAUUUUGAGAAUCGAUUUUUGUUUAUUUUAAAAUUUAAAAAUGGGUUACUUAAUUUUUUGGCACUUGGACACUUUUGGAUUUCUACUCUUCAAUUAAUAAAGUUUUGUGCUUAUCACAAUCCGCUUUUUAUAAAUGGAUAUUUUUUAUUAUUUUUGUUUGUGUACAGUUCCCUAUUAUGUUAAUUUUACAGUAUUUAUUGUAUGUAUUGUUUUUUUAAUUCUUUGUAAAUGUUUUUUAGAAAAGAUUGACUGACUUUUGAAAUAUAUACAAUUAAAACAUCUUAUGGAAAAUGUGUUCUAUUCUAGAUUUCUAAAUUAGAAAACAUAAGAUAGAAUUGCUGCUAAGUUGCUCAUUUUAUAAGCAUAUCAUGCCACUUAAACGUUUCAUAAUUAAUUCGGAAUUUAAUUACAUAAUAAAUAUAAGCAUAUUUUUGAUAAUUAUUGUUAUGUUUACUCAAGUUAUGUUUCAAAGUGAAAAUUGUUAAUAGUAUAUGUUUCUUUAUGUAUGUAACUGUAAAUACUUGCUUGUUUUAUAUUUAAAAAGUUACUAUGAGAAGUUUGUUAGGUUUUAUCUCUUGAUUUGUUAACUUAUUUUAUAAUGAGAUAUUUUAUAAUUUGCUUGUCAUUUAGCACAAACUACGUCUUAAAAUAUAUUAAAUUCAUA